UGAGUGCGGCAAAAUGGCAGAAGCUAUGGACUCGAUCAGUUGUUCUAUUUGUCUGGAUACACAGAAGGAUCCAGUGACUAUUCCCUGUGGGCACAGCUACUGCAUGGGCUGUAUGAAGGGUUACUGGGAUCAGGAUAAUCAGAAGGGUGUCUACAGCUGCCCACUGUGCAAGGAAAGAUUUUUUCCUCGACCAGUUCUGAGGAAAAACACUCUGCUGGCUGAAUUAGUGGAAAAACUGAAGGAAAGACUUGAAGUUGCUUCUCCAGUUCACUAUUAUGCUGGAUCUGGAGAUGUGGAGUGUGACUUCUGCACUGGGAGAAAACUCAAAGCCGUCAUGUCCUGCCUGGGGUGUCUGGCCUCUUACUGUGAGACUCACCUCCAGCCUCACCAUGAAUCUCCUGCUUUCAAGAAGCACAAGCUGAUCAAAGCCUCCACACAACUACAAGAGAAGAUCUGCUCUCGUCAUGACAAACUGUUAGAGGUUUACUGCCGCACCGAUCAGCAGUUUAUCUGUUAUCAGUGUUUAUUAGAUGAACAUAAAGGCCACGAUACAGUCUCAGUUGCAGCAGAAAGGACUGAGAAACAAAGGCAGUUGGAGAACAAAAGGCAGAAGUCCCAGCAGAGAAUCCAGAAGAGAGAGAAGGAGAUGCAGGAGGUGAGACAGUCUAUGAAGUCACUCAAGUUCUCUGUUCAGGCAGCGAUAGAGGACACUGAGAGGAUAUUUACUGAGCUGAUGCGCUCCAUUGAACGAAGUUGCUCUGAGGUGAAGGAGUUGAUCAGAGCCCAGGAGAAGAUUGAAGUGAUUCUGGCUGAAGAACUCCUGGAGCAAUUGAAGCAGGAGGUCGCUGAGUUGAGGAGGAGAGACGCUGAGUUGGAGCAGCUCUCAAACACAGAGGAUCAUAUCCAUUUCCUCCAGAGUUUCCAGUCUCUCUCUGACCCUCCUGGAUCUGAGAUCAUCACCGUCAACCAAAGCAUCUCCUUUGAGGGUGUAAAGACAUUACUCUCUGGGCUGAAAAAGCAACUAGAAGAUGUAUUUAAGAAGGAAAUGACCAAGGUACCUGGACUGGAUCAGCUUACAUUGGAUCCCAACACAGUACAUAACCGUCUGUGUCUAUCUGAGGGGAACAGAAAGGUGACAUGGAGUUCUAGGUUCGAGUCCUAUCCUGACCAUCCAGACAGAUUUACCUCACACCCACAGGUCCUAUGUAGCAAGGGUCUGUCUGGAGCCUGCUACUGGGAGGUUGAGUGGAGAGGGUUUGGGGUUUAUAUAGCUGUCUCAUAUAAAGGCAUCAGCAGGAAAUGCAGAGAGGAGUGUUUGUUUGGACAGAAUGAUCAAUCCUGGUGUUUAAUCUGCUCUCACUCGGGCUGUUCUUUCUACCACAAUGAUAAAAAGACUGCCAUACGUGUCCCCUACUCCUCCAGAGUAGGAGUGUACCUAGACCACAAGGCAGGUACUCUGUCCUUUUACAACGUCUCUGAUACAAUGACCCUCCUCCACAGAGUCCAGACCAAAUUCACUCAGCCCCUCUAUCCUGGGCUUGGAUUUCAGCAUGGGAUCCAUUUUGGUUUUGGACCAUCUGUUAAGAUACUUUCAUUGACACAGAAAGGAACUUUGAAGGGCCUCCCGGGUGGCGCAGUGGUUAAGGGUGCUGUACUGCAGCGCCAGCUGUGCCAUCAGAGUCCCUGAUGGCUCUGUCGUAACCGGCCGCGACCGGGAGGUCCGUGGGGCGACG